AUGUCGCAUGCAGUUGAGCCGGGUGAGCCAGUCGGAGCAGCCGAAGCAGUUGAGCCAGUCGAAGAUGUCGGGCCAGCACAGGGUGCGCUGACCACUAAUUCAAAUUCCAACGCUUCGUCUUUAGAUGAGAAAUCGCAUAGAGCAGGUGGUCCAAGUAAAGGAUCAGACACGGAUGGAGCAGAUUUGGAGAACUACAGGAGCCAUAACGGUGGCUCAAAGGAUGAGAUGAGUGAACUAGUUAAAGAGGCUGAUCAACAGUUGGAAAACAUGAAAAAAUCGGAUCUUACAUUCAUUUCACUGUGUUGUGUAAUGGUUGCAUUCGGGGGAUUUGUGUUUGGUUGGGAUACUGGUACGAUAUCUGGAUUUGUUAGACAGACGGACUGGGUACGUAGAUUUGGAUCUAUGGAUCAAAACGGUAAUUAUUAUCUCUCAAACGUCAGGACGGGUUUGUUAGUCUCCAUUUUUAAUAUUGGGUGUGCCAUAGGUGGUUUAACUUUGGGUAGGUUGGGUGACAUCUAUGGUCGCCGUAUCGGUUUGAUCAUCGUUGUUGUUAUUUAUGUGGUUGGUAUCAUUAUUCAGAUAGCAUCGAUUGAUAAAUGGUAUCAAUACUUUAUUGGUAGAAUCGUUUCAGGUCUUGGUGUCGGCGCUAUUACUGUCUUAUCGCCCAUGUUAAUUUCAGAAGUUUCUCCAAAACAAAUGAGAGGAACAUUAGUUUCCUGUUAUCAACUAAUGAUUACUGCCGGCAUCUUUUUGGGUUAUUGUACAAAUUAUGGUACAAAAAAUUAUCAGGACUCCACUCAAUGGAGGGUACCCCUUGGUUUGUGCUUUGCUUGGGCCAUUUUAAUGAUUACUGGUAUGUCUUUUGUUCCUGAAUCUCCUCGUUAUCUUUGUGAGUAUGGUAGAAUGGAAGAGGCAAGAAAAUCGUUGGCCAGAGCUAACAGAUGUUCCCCAGAUUCUUCAUUAGUUACUUUAGAACUGGAGAAUUUUCAGGCAUCUGUAGAAGCUGAAAAGGUAGCAGGUGCUGCUUCAUGGAUUGAAUUGUUUACUGGUAGGCCAGCAAUGUUCAAGCGUACUCUUAUGGGUAUGAUGAUCCAAUCAUUACAACAACUAACUGGUAAUAAUUAUUUCUUUUAUUACGGUACUACAAUUUUUCAAGCUGUCGGUUUACAAGAUUCGUUCCAAACUUCAAUUGUUCUUGGUGUUGUUAACUUCUUCUCGACCUUUUUGUCCUUGUACACAGUCGAUGCUUUUGGCCGCCGUAGAUGUCUACUAUGGGGUUGUGUUGGUAUGAUUUGUUGUUACGUCGUCUAUGCAUCCGUUGGUGUCACCAGAUUGUGGCCAGAUGGUGCAGAUCAUCCCGAAGUUUCUUCCAGAGGUGCUGGUAACUGUAUGAUUGUCUUUGCAUGUUUCUUUAUCUUUUGCUUUGCAACCACAUGGGCACCUAUUGCCUAUGUUUUAAUCUCUGAAACCUUUCCACUGAGAAUUAAAUCGAAGGCAAUGGCGGUGUCUACAGCGUCGAAUUGGAUCUGGGGGUUCUUGAUCAGUUUCUUCACUCCAUUUAUUACAGGCGCCAUCAAAUUCUACUACGGCUAUGUCUUUAUGGGUUGUAUGGUAUUUGCGUUCUACUACGUCUUCUUCUUUGUCAAUGAAACUAAGGGCCUAACCUUGGAGGAAGUCAACGACAUGUAUGCUGAAGGGGUGCUACCAUGGAAAUCCUCUACUUGGAUACCACCCCACAGAAGGACAGAUGCUUUCAAUGCCGAGGAAUAUAGUAAGGACACUGUUCCAUUUUACAAGAGGAUGUUCUGCAAGAAACAAAGCAAAAAUGCAACUUAA